AGCAAGGGCAAAUUCUCACCACCAAGUCCCAAUGUCAUUUCUAAAAUCCUUGUCGACUACUGCGCUGCCAAUGUCAGCAGCAUUAAAGACGGCUUCGCUCCAGAAACGAGCAUUAGCUACAGUGGCAACUCAAGCCAUUCCUUCUUUCCCAACCCAUGUUCAAGCUUUUCUCCGUGAUUUCAAAACCAACGAACCUGUAUCUAUCAUCAAUCUUAACCGCCAAGUGUUUAAUGCGCCGUUACGACGAGACAUUCUGCAUCGUGUAGUAGUGUGGCAACGGGAUGCUAUGCGUCAAGGAACACAUUCAACAAAAGGUCGUGCCGAUGUAACCGGUACUUCCAAGAAAGCAGCACCGCAAAAGGGUCGAGGCAAAGCUCGUGUGGGUAACCGAAAGGCACCGCAGUUCAGAGGAGGUGGUAUCGCCUUUGGUCCUAAACCCAGAGACCAUGCUACUGAUCUUCCAAGAAAGGUUCAAGAGUUGGGUCUUCGUGUGGCAUUAAGCGCUAAAUACGCUCAAGAUCAGCUGAUUGUGGUGGAUUCUUUGCAAGAUUAUGAAUCGUUCAAAACACGCGAGUUGGAUGGUUUGCUGCGACAAGCGUAUGGUGAACCCACGACACUCAUCGUAAUGAACCAUUGCAACAGCUACUUGGAAUUGGCGGCUCGUAAUAUUCCCCGAUGUGAAGUGAUUCACGUAGAGGAGACCAAUGUACUGGAUUUGCUCACCUACGACAAGGUGAUCAUUGAAAAGGACGCCAUCAAUACUUUAGAAGAAUCAUUGUUAGAAGCAUAAAUAAAUAAAUAAAUAGAUCAAUAAUGGAUGCUCUUU